CAGGACCGGCCUCCUCGACGGCCGGCGGGGCAGGACGGCCAUGGCGGAGGAGCGGCUGAGCGGCGCCAAGGUCGUGGCCCUCGCCCUCAAAGCGCAGAAAGUGGAGUAUGUCUUUGGCAUCGUCGGCAUCCCCGUGACGGAAAUAGCAAUCGCCGCCCAAGAGGUGGGCAUCAAGUACCUAGGGAUGAGGAACGAGCAGGCGGCCUGUUACGCCGCCUCUGCUGUGGGAUAUCUUACAGGCAGGCCAGGAGUAUGUCUUGUCGUUUCUGGCCCCGGGCUCAUCCAUGCACUGGGUGGAAUGGCAAACGCAAACAUGAAUUGCUGGCCUGUGAUUGUUAUUGGUGGCUCGUCGGACAGAAAUCAAGAGACAAUGGGAGCCUUCCAGGAGUUUCCUCAGGUUGAAGCUUGUAGGCUCUACAGCAAGUUUUCUGCCAGGCCAAGCAGUGUGGAAGUUAUUCCCUCAGUCAUAGAAAAGGCGGUAAGAAACAGCAUUUAUGGUCGCCCAGGUGCUUGCUAUGUUGACAUCCCUGGAGACUUUGUGAAUCACUACGUGGCUGUGAGUUCUAUAAAAUAUGUUGAAUGCUGCUUGCCACCUCCCAUCAGCAUGGCAGAUGCAUCUGCUAUUUCUGAAGCAGCCACUAUUAUUAGAAAUGCCAAACGACCGCUUCUGAUCAUUGGAAAAGGUGCUGCUUAUGCCUGUGCCGAAGAGAACAUCCGAAAGUUUGUGGAGCAGUGUGGCUUGCCGUUCUUACCCACUCCUAUGGGCAAGGGAGUUGUUCCUGACAACCACCCAAACUGUGUAGCUGCAGCCAGAUCCAGGGCUUUGCAGCAUGCUGAUGUAAUCAUAUUACUUGGUGCCAGGUUAAAUUGGAUUUUACAUUUUGGACUCCCUCCCAGAUAUCAACCAGAUGUUAAAAUUAUCCAGGUUGAUAUCUGUGCUGAAGAGCUGGGGAAUAAUGUAAGGCCCGUAGCAGCUCUGCUAGGUGAUCUAAAUGCCGUCACUGAACAGCUUUUAGAUUAUUUCGAGAAAAGACCGUGGAAAUAUCCUCCAAAUACUGAAUGGUGGAAGACUCUGAAAGAGAAAAAGAAGAGCAAUGAAGAACUAUCCAAGAAACUGGCAUCCCAAGUAUCUCUGCCUAUGAAUUACUACACUGUAUUCCAUCAUAUUCAACAACAACUGCCAAAGGAUUGUAUAAUAGUAAGCGAAGGAGCAAAUACAAUGGAUAUUGGACGUACUGUGCUUCAGAACUGCCUUCCUCGUCAUAGACUUGAUGCUGGCACAUUUGGGACGAUGGGAGUUGGCUUAGGUUUUGCCAUUGCAGCUGCAGUGGUGACUAGAGAUCGAAACCCAGAGCAAAAGGUGAUCUGUGUGGAAGGAGACAGUGCUUUUGGAUUCUCGGGUAUGGAGGUGGAGACCAUCUGCAGGUAUAACUUGCCAAUACUCAUUAUUGUGGUCAACAAUAAUGGAAUUUACCAAGGUUUCGAUGCCAAUACCUGGAAGGAGAUAUUAAAACUUGGAGACACUACCAUUGUGGCUCCUCCUGUUUCUCUCUUGCCCAAUUCCCAUUAUGAGCAGGUUAUGACUGCUUUUGGGGGCAAGGGAUACUUUGUUCAAACACCACAGGAGUUGCAAAAUGCCUUGAGAGCAGGUUUAAAAGAGAAGACUAUGCCUUCUCUCAUCAAUGUCAUGAUUGAGCCUCAAGCCAGUCGAAAGGAACAGGAUUUUCACUGGCUCACCCGUUCCAACAUGUGAGUGAAGAUGUCUGUGUCCUUCCAACAAGAUGAAAUCCAUUUUACAAACCAGGGAUAUCGAAAUUUUUAAAAAUGCACUAAGAAAAAUAAGGCAACAUUUUUAGAAUCAGGUAUUUUAGAUACAAAAUAUUUUUGGAGUCUGUUUACCCAGUUUUAUUUUUUCAGAAUAUCCAUUUGCAACCACAGAAAAGGCAGAGCACCCUUUAUUCCUGUUAAGUUUCAGCAGCUCUUUUUAUGUAGUUCACCCCAUCUAUUUAAAUCCAGUCUCAAAAUCAAACACUUUUUUUAAUCUGCAAAAGGGCUAAAGACUUCAUACCUCCGCCUUUGACAUCAUGGGUUAUCGUAUGCUAUUGUUUGACAUAAUAUAGUUCAUUUCUCUGCCUCCUGUACUUGUCAGGACUAUUCAUCAGUUAUUGGAAAACUCUUCUGAGCCACACAAGAAAAGCCUUGUGUAAACCUAAGUACUAAUACUAAAGCGGUAUACUUGGGAAUUCCUGACAAGUGUGAGUUGGCAACUGGGGUAUAAUAGGAUAAAAAAUAAUAUUUAAGUAAAAUAUUUCCUUACUAUCUGCUCUGUCAUUCCUGCUGCUAAUGCUGCUCAAAUGAAAACAUGAAGGCAAAUUAAUUUUAUUGCCUUAAGUUGGAUAAGUAGAAGUUAUAUGGUACUCUCCCAAAUGCUUAGUACGUUGCUUUGCACACAGUAAGCGCUCAGUAAAUACAAUUGAAUGAAUGAAAUGUUACAGCAUAAACACUUAUCAAAGCUGUAGUCUCCCAUAACAAAGCAAAAUCAAACCGUCAAUCCCUUAUCAACAAAUUGGUGUAGUCCCAGUAAGGACCAAACAGCUUCUGUCAGUUGGUAAACUGAGGUACAGACAUAAACUGCAGCCGGUCUUUGAGGGAAGACAGAACAGUGUGGGUAAAUGGUAUAAAUUGUGAUCAUAUAAACCACGAUAAAGUUCCCAUUAAAGAAACUUCAUGUGAACCACGGUUGAAAAA